GUGAUCUCCCUGGAAUGGAGCCAUUGGCGACGACCUGGUAUCCUCUGGAAUCCACACAAUCCACCAGAAACGAAACCCCAAACGAAACCACCUGGUCUUCAGAGCAUGAGGUUGAAUACGCUUAUAUCUCCAUUUCCCUGGUCAUUUGUGCACUGGGACUGACUGGGAAUGGGCUUUUGAUUUGGUUCCUAGUGUUCUGUAUCAAGAGGAAGCCAUUCACCAUCUAUAUCCUCCAUCUUGCCAUCGCUGACUUCAUGGUCCUCCUGUGUUCGUCUAUCAUUCAACUAGUGAACACUUUCCACAUCCACGAUGUGCCCUUAGAGAGCUAUGCCGUCCUCUUCAUGAUCUUUGGCUACAACACGGGCCUGCACCUCCUCACGGCCAUCAGCGUGGAGCGGUGCCUCUCGGUACUUUACCCAAUCUGGUACCAGUGCCGACGUCCAAAACACCAGUCCGCCGUGGCCUGUACGCUGCUGUGGGCCCUCUCUGUUCUCGUGUCCGGUUUGGAAAACUUCUUCUGCAUCCUGGAAGUAAAGCCCCAGUUCCCAGAGUGCCGAUACGUGUACAUAUUCUCCUGUGCCUUGACGUUCCUGGUCUUUGUUCCUCUCAUGGUCUUCUCCAACUUGAUACUCUUCAUCCAGGUCUGCUGUAACCUGAAGCCACGCCAACCGGCCAAACUCUACGUGAUCAUCAUGGCCACGGUCAUCCUGUUUCUCGUCUUCGCCAUGCCCAUGAAGGUCUUGCUUAUCAUCGGCUACUAUUCCAAUUCCAGUGAUGAUUCAGUGUGGGCCUCCCUCCCCUACCUGAACAUGCUGUCCACUAUAAACUGCAGCAUCAACCCAAUUGUCUACUUUGUGGUAGGCAGCCUGAGGAGGAAGAGGAGCAGGAAGUCCCUAAAAGAAGCGCUGCAGAAAGUCUUCGAGGAAAAGCCAGUGGUGGCCUCGAGGGAGAAUGUGACGCAGUUCUCCCUGCCUUCGUGA